UUCAACGUUCAUCUUUCGUUCCCGCCAUUCUGUGCUUCCUGCAUUGCCUUUUGUCUCACGGAAUCCGAGAACCUUUCUGAGGCGAAAUGUCUUGAUCGUUCAACAAUGAAAGAAGGAUCUGAACGCAUCACUAUCAUGACAGCCGGGGGUGCAGCCGGUCUUCUUUAGGAGGCAGCGGACUGGUAGUGCAUAAGAGCCCGACGUCGGGCUUCCGAUUCUCGUUCUCUCCCUCCACAUUCUAUAUACCCAGCACAGACUAUCCACAUGUCGUUCAGUAAGCAGAUGCUCACCGACAACACCGCCUCAAACGCUUCGCGCAACGCAGAUAUCGCUGUUUCUCAGUCGGCAGAAGACAGCGCGUCCGUCGACGGCGUACCUCCAUCCAUGGCGCCGUCCCUUUCCCUUGCCCGGAAGCUCGCCAAGGAGGGAAAGCUAGCUGCGCCCUCCAUUACGAAGUCCUCGUCUACUCUAUCCCUCUCGCGCAUCAUGUCCUCGUCCAGCAGCUUCUUCCGCCGCAGCAAGACGGAUGCGGAGGCGGAGAAGGCGUCCUCGUCAGCGGUGUCGACGCUCGCGCCCUCUUCUUCGUCAUCCUCUUCGUCUUCCUCCGACACCGAUCCCGGCGAGCUGAAGACGCAUAGCCCGACGUACUAUAUGACGGAGGCGAUCGUUCAUCAGGCAGUCGGCGACGAGACACUGGCGGAGCUGGCAGACAAGGAGAACAAGGAUAUUCAAGCCGCGAUCUAUAAGGCCCGCCCGAUGGCGACGCAUGAGCUGGAGUGCGCGCUGCUGUUGAUCUGGCGGCAGGCGCGGGAGAGCAAGGUCAACCGCCUCCCGGGCUUUUUUGUAGUUCGCGCGUUCGCGGAGUUCUUGGAUAAUUUGAAGGCGGAUAUGGAGCGCAUGGACGAGGUCGACCUUGAGGAUAUGGGGGAUACGAUAGGGAAGGUCCUCGGCUUCUACAUGGACGUCUAUUCCUUCUUCAAGACCGAGAAUGAGCGUUCGCUCGUCCUGCGCAUAAUCAAUGACAAUAUUGCCGCGGCGCGGCUCAGUAAUUUCCUGGACCUCCUGCUCAGGGCUGGAGAGAUUAUACGAACCGCCAUAGACAUGAUGUGCCAUAGGUACCUCAUGGAAAUCCAGCCGCCGAAGCGCGACCCUCUUCCGGCGUCUCUGUCCAUCCCUGACUUGGACUCUGAAGAAGACGGUAGCGCGACGCCCGAGCUGAACCCCUCCCAGUCGAUGGAUGGCGCGGCGGACGGCGCGCUCAGCCCACCCGGCCUGACCUCCUCCAUGUCCAUGCCUGCCCGCCCGCGCCCCCCACCCACCGUCCUCGGCGCCCAGCGCCCCAUCACCUACCGCGGCACCCCAGCCUCCAAGCCCGCCCUCCAGGACGCGCACUCCCUCCGCGACGUGGCCGCGCACAAUAUGAAUGUCGCCUGGGUCGGCCACGCGCACCCCGUGCGCUUGCGCUACCCGUCCAUCACGCCCGCGCAGUACGAUAAAGUGAAGAACGCGAUGCGGAAGGAGUACGGGGAGAUGGAGCUGCAGUCGCAGUUGACGCAUUUGCGGUUCUUCAUGUUGGGGGCGACGCGGGUGAUCAAUUAUAAGGUGGUGGAGUUUUUGAGGGAUGAGGGGUCGCAUAUUCCGAAGGCGCUGAGGGUGUUGGAGAUGAAGAAGUAGGGCGAUGUCAGGCGGUCGGUGGGUCCUGGACUUCCACUAUAUACCACUUUUUUGUUCGCGCACAUUCUGAGGCGUCAGAAUCCGCUUCCUUGUGUGUAUCAUAGGUGACAGGAGAUAACGACCCUGAAAGAGACCUUGCACAAUGAAGAUACUAUUCCACAGGCUC